CUCCGAGGCAGACUGCUUGGCCCCGGGACUGCGCUCGUAGCAGAGCAGGGCCUGAAGCAACCCUCCACCUCUGCAAAUGGGGCUGGAGGCCCAGAGACCGCCAGGGGUGGAGGAGGCCCCAGUGAGAGUGGCGCUUCGAGUCCGACCCCUGCUGCCCAAGGAACUGCUGCACGGGCACCAGAGCUGCCUUCAUGUGGAGCCGGGAUGCAGCCGAGUCACCCUGGGCCGCAAUCGCCAGUUUGGUUUCAGUGUUGUGCUGGCUGAGGACACCAGCCAGGAGGCUGUGUACCAGACCUGCGUGCAGCCCCUCCUCAAGGCCUUCUUUGAGGGCUUCAAUGCCACUGUCUUUGCCUAUGGCCAGACGGGCUCCGGGAAGACGUAUACCAUGGGGGAGGCCAGUGUGGCCUCCCUCCAUGAGGAUGAGCAGGGCGUCAUCCCGAGGGCCAUGGCCGAGGCCUUCAAGCUGAUGGACGAGAACGACCUGCUGGACUGCCUGGUGCAUGUGUCCUACCUGGAAGUGUACAAGGAGGAGUUCCGAGACCUGCUUGAGGUGGGCACUGCCAGCCGUGACAUCCAGCUGCGGGAAGAUGACCGAGGCAAUGUUGUGCUCUGUGGGGUGAAGGAGGUGGACGUGGAGGGCCUGGACGAGGUGCUCAGCCUCCUGGAGAUGGGCAAUGCGGCACGGCACACCGGGGCCACGCACCUGAACCGCCUCUCCAGCCGCUCCCACACCAUCUUCACUGUAACCCUGGAGCAGCGGGGGCGGGUCCCCAUGUGCCUGCCCUGCCCCGCCGCGAGCCAGCUGCUUGUCUCCAAGUUCCACUUUGUGGACCUGGCGGGCUCCGAGAGGGUCCUCAAGACCGGCAGCACUGGCGAGCGGCUCAAAGAGAGCAUCCAGAUCAACAGCAGCCUCCUGGCGCUGGGCAACGUCAUCAGCGCCCUGGGCGACCCUCAGCGCCGCAGCAGCCACAUCCCUUAUCGGGAUUCCAAGAUCACCCGAAUCCUCAAAGAUUCCCUCGGGGGCAAUGCCAAGACGGUGAUGAUUGCCUGCGUCAGCCCCUCCUCAUCUGACUUCGAUGAGACCCUCAACACCCUGAACUAUGCUAGCCGGGCCCAGAACAUCUGUAACCGCGCCACCAUCAACUGGCGGCCCGAGGCAGAGCGGGCGCUGGAGGAGGCAGGGGCCGGGGUUCGAGGGCCGCCGCGGCACCGCUCAGAGACGCGCAUCAUCCACCGAGGCCGGCGCGCCCCGGGCACGGCCGCUGCCGCACGCCAGGACGCCGAGUGCGCGCGCUGCCGGGCCCGCGCCGAUGCCGCCUGCAGCCUCCUGCGCCAGCUGCAGUCCGAGCCCGGCCUGUCCGGCGUGGCUGUGCGCAAGGUGCGCGACUGGCUGUGCGAGGUCCAGCGCGGGCGCAGCGCCCUGAGCUCCGCCUCUGGGCCGGACAGUGGCAUCGAGAGCUCCUCCGCCGAGGACCAGGCUGCGCAGGGCCCACGAAGGCGACAGGAGGCGGAGGGGGGCCAGCAGCUUCAGACACUGCAGAGCCAGGUGGCCCAGCUGGAGGAGGAGAACCGAGACUUCCUGGCGGCCCUGGAGGAUGCCAUGGAGCAGUACAAACUGCAGAGUGACCGUCUGCGUGAGCAGCAGGAGGAGAUGGCGGAGCUGCGGCUGCGGCUGGAACUGGUGCGGCCCAGCUUUGGGGCCCCGGGGCUUCUGUGGGGCCUGUCUCCGAGGUCUCUUGUGCUCCGGCCUCACACAGCCCCCCUGGGGGCUGCCCAUACCCACCUGCUGGGCAUGGUGCCCCCUGCUUGCCUUUCUGGAGAGGACCUUGGUUCUGCACAGUGGGGAGAGCUGACAGGUGACAGUGAGGCCAGUGCUGGCUUGCUUGUGGAGGCAGACAGGCUGGGAAGCGGCUCUUCGACUACAUCGGAGGAGCAGGGCGGGGAGCCUCCAAGGCGGAGCUUACAGCUGCGCAGAAAUGGAAUCAGUGGCUGGAACCCGAAGGUAGGAGCCCACCUGAGGAGUGCGCCAGACAGGAAAGGCCCAGAGCUUCCACUUGAAGAGCUGGGUGUAGCGCUCCCGGCGCCCAGAGUGGUUGGAGGCAGCAAGGCCUCCGCUCGGCACCGCCUGGCCCCCGCUGCCAUGGCCUCCGAGUGGCGGCUGGCCCAGGCCCAGCAGAAGAUACGGGAACUGGCCAUCAACAUCCGACGGAAGGAGGAGCUCAUCGCAGAGCUGGUCCGCACAGGGAAGGCAGCCCAGGCCCUGAACCGCCAGCACAGCCAGCGCAUCCGGGAGCUGGAGCAGGAGGCCGAGCGAGUGCGGGCUGAGCUGAGUGAAGGCCAGCGGCAGCUGCGGGAGCUGGAGGACAGGGAGCCCCAGGACGCCGGCGAGCGCUCCCGGCUCCAGGAGUGUCGAAAGAAGGUGGCUGCAGCCCAGAGCCAGGUGCAGGUGCUGAAGGAGAAGAAGCAGGCGACGGAGCGACUGGUGUCACUGUCUGCCCAGAGUGAGAAGCGGCUGCAGGAGCUGGAGAGGAACGUGCAGCUCAUGCGGCAGCAGCAGGGCCAGCUGCAGCGACGGCUGCGCGAGGAGACCGAGCAGAAGCGCCGCCUGGAGACUGAGAUGCACAAGCGGCAGCACCGGGUCAAGGAGCUGGAACUGAAGCAGGAGCAGCAGCAAAAGAUCCUGAAGAUCAAGACGGAGGAGAUCGCGGCGUUCCAGAGGAAGCGACGCAGCGGCAGCAACGGCUCCGUGAUCAGCCUGGAGCAGCAGCAGAAGAUCGAGGAGCAGAAGAAGUGGCUGGACCUGGAGAUGGAGAAGGUGCUGCAGCAGCGCCGCGCACUGGAGGAGCUGGGGGAGGAGCUGCACAAGCGCGAGGCCAUCCUGGGCAAGAAGGAGGCCCUGCUGCAGGAGAAGACAGGCCUGGAGAGCAAGCGCCUGCGGUCCAGCCAGGCCCUCAGUGAAGACAUCGUGCGAGUGUCCAGCCGGCUUGAACACGUGGAGAAGGAGCUCUCUGAGAAGAAUGGGCAGCUGCGGCAGGGCAGCGCCCACAGCCAGCAGCAGAUCCGCAGGGAGAUUGACAACCUGCGCCAGGAGAAGGACCUCUUGCUGAAGCAGCGCCUGGAGAUUGACGGCAAGCUGAGGCAGGGCAGCCUGCUGUCGCCUGAGGAGGAGCGGACGCUGUUCCAGCUGGACGAGGCCAUUGAGGCCCUGGAUGCUGCCAUUGAGUACAAGAACGAGGCCAUCACCUGCCGCCAGCGGGUGCUGCGGGCCUCAGCCUCUUUGCUGUCCCAGUGUGAGAUGAACCUCAUGGCCAAGCUCAGCUACCUCUCCUCCUCGGAGACCAGGGCGCUCCUCUGCAAGUACUUUGACAAGGUAGUGACACUCCGAGAGGAGCAGCACCAGCAGCAGGUCGCCUUCUCGGAGCUGGAGAUGCAGCUGGAGGAGCAGCAGCGGCUGGUCUACUGGCUGGAGGCGGCCCUGGAGCGGCAGCGCCUGGAGAUGGACCGGCAGCUGACGCUGCAGCAGAAGGAGCAUGAGCAGAACGUGCAGCUGCUCCUGCAGCAGAGCCGAGGUGAGGCCCUGCUCACCCCACCUGCCCAGCCCAGGUCUGCAGCCCUUGCCAUUGCUCUUUCCCCUCUAGACCACCUCGGGGAAGGGCUCGCGGACAGCAGGAGGCAGUAUGAGACCAGGAUUCAAGCGCUGGAGAAGGAACUGGGUCGCCAUGUGAGGAUCAACCAGGAGCUAAAACAGAAGCUUGGCGGUUUGAAUGCUGCCCCUGGUCAGAGCAAGGGUGGUGAGAAGACCCUAAGCCUGGAGAACCGACCAUUCUCUGGAAAUGACGAGGAGCCUCACCCAGCCCCAGAGCAUCCCUGGCAGCCCCCCCUCACUGAGGGCCCCCCCCGCACCCUGGUCCGAGCUCCACUGCCGGCGACAUGGAGGCGCUCGAGCUUGUGCACCAAUGAGCAAGGAUGCUCUGAGGAGCUGAGGCAGCGGGAGACGACUGAGACCCUUGGGGGGUGGGGACUGCCUGGGGCUGAGGGACCCCUGCCCAAGCCCCGGUGGGAGCUGCGGAGAGCCAGCUCUGGGAUGAUUGAUGUCAGGAAAAAACCCCUGUAGGCGUUGGGGCAGACAGCACUUAGAGGGGGAGUCUGGUCCUGCUGGGAGCUACUCCUGCCACCAUGUUGCUUUUAGGACAGUCCUUCCCUCACACCCUGGUCUCCUUUAUGUGAAUGGGAGUCAACCAAUUAGAACUAGACUCAGUUAAAAAAGAACCUACAGCAAAUUGCCUACCAGCACCUGGUGGCCACUGUGGCUGUUCCUCAAGGGCCAGCCCAGUUACAAGUGGAGUCCAUGUCCACAUAGCCACAGGGUGCACCAAACACUCCAAAUUGGUCAGUGGCCACAGGUUUGUGGUUUAAAGGGCCAUCUAUGCAUAUGUGUACAUACAUACAUAUGGGGAGCUUGGAUACUUCACACAUUCUUAAAAGAUUUUUUACAAAGUCAUUUUAUAAUAAACUGUCUAAAGGAA